AUGCACGGCCUCCUCCUCGCCGCCGCCGGGCUUCUUAGCCUGCCGCUCCAUGUCCUCGCGCACCCUCAGCCAAGCACAAACCUCGCUGGCCGAGGCGUAGACCUUGACGCCUACCGCAUGGCUGACAGGUCCAGCUACAUGAGUUCAGAUGACAUGAAGCUCAAACAACCUGCCAUUGCCUCCCUCAGCGGUGGUAACUAUGUUGACACCGCUACAGAGGUUGUUAAGCGUAUGAUGCCUGGCAUGACCUUCCGGAUGGUCGAUGAUCACUAUGUUGGCGAGUCCGGAAUCAGUCAUGUGUACUUCCGCCAGACGAUGCACGGCAUGGAUAUCGAUAACGCUGACUUCAACGUCAAUAUUGGCAAAGACGGAAAAGUCCUUUCCUUGGGACACUCCUUCUACACCGGCCCUGCUCCUGAUAAGGCACCAGUUGAGAAGCGAGACUUCUCUGAUCCCAUGCAGGCCUUCCAUGGUGCUUGCAAGGCCCUUAACCUUCCUAUAAACGCCGAUAAAGCGACAAUCCAGACUAUGAAUGAGCAUGAAGUAAUGUUCAUGGGAACUUCGGGAGCCAUGUCCGAUCCACAGGGCAAGCUAUGCUACAUGGCCAAAGAGGAUGGAACCCUGGCCCUAACCUGGAGAGUGGAGACUGACAUGGGUGAUAACUGGCUUCUAUCCUAUGUUGAUGCUAAAGAAACAGACAAAGUCCAUAAUGUUGUCGACUAUGUCUCCCAUGCAACUUACCAAGUCUACAAAUGGCCUAUCCCUGAUCCCACUGAAGGCAAGCGUGAGAUCGUUCAGAACCCCUGGAACCUCAAAACCUCGCCGUUCACAUGGAUUAGUGAUGGGAAGACCAACUAUACCACAACCAGGGGCAACAACGCUAUUGCACAAGCUAACUUUGAUGGCGGAGAGGACUACCUCAACAACUACCGGCCAGAUAGCAAGAAUCUCAAAUUUGAGUACCCUUAUGCGCCUAAUAUGAGCCCACCAAAGUCAUAUAUCGAUGCAUCGGUUACACAGCUAUUCUACUCUGCCAAUAUGGUACAUGAUCUGUAUUAUAUGCUCGGAUUUACGGAGAAAGCUGGUAACUUCCAAGUUAACAACCGCGGCCAGGGUGGUAAAGGCAAUGAUUUUGUCAUUCUUAAUGCUCAGGAUGGCUCCGGUACUAACAAUGCCAAUUUCGCUACCCCUCCCGAUGGCAAGCCUGGACGCAUGAGAGUGUAUAUCUGGACCAAGGCCAAGCCAUCUCGCGACUCCUCUUUCGAAGCCGGCACCGUUAUUCACGAAUAUACUCACGGCCUUUCCAACCGUCUCUGCGGAGGUCCUGCCAAUGCUGGCUGCCUCAACGGCAUGGAGUCUGGCGGCAUGGGCGAAGGAUGGGGUGAUUUCUUCGCAACCGCCAUCCGCCUCAAGCCAAACGACAACCGGAAUUCAAACUACGUCCACGGCGAAUGGGUCAAUAACAGCCCCAAGGGUAACAGACUGUACCCUUAUUCUACCAACCUUCAGACCAACCCAUUGGUCUACACAUCCUGUAACAAGUACAAUGAAGUACAUGCCAUCGGAACCGUAUGGUGCUCUAUUCUCUACGAGGUGCUAUGGAACUUGAUCGACAAGCAUGGCAAGAAUGACGGUCCCACGCCCGUGUUUGAAAACGGCGUCCCCAACGAUGGCAAAUACCUUGCCCUGAAGCUCGUGCUCGAUGGAAUGGCUAUUCAACCAUGCAAGCCAACAUUCGUGCAGGCUCGUGAUGCCAUUAUCGAUGCCGAUAUGAACCUCACCAAGGGCUCUAACAAGUGUGAGCUCUGGAAGGCCUUUGCUAAGCGUGGAUUGGGCGUUGGUGCCAAAUACGAUCCCAAGAACCGAACUGGAAGCAAGGCCGUUCCCAAGGAGUGCCAGUAG